CAUAAAUCUAAGUCUAUGCAGCAAAAAGUUGGUAGUUUGAAAUCUGAUGUCAUGGGAUGUCUAAUUCCGAACUUGGGAGGAAAAGAAAUGGAGAGAAAACCAGGUUCUUCUUCAACAAAGAUAGAGAGAAAAAUCAUUGAGAAGAAUAGAAGGAAUUAUAUGAAGAACCUCUACAACAAUCUCAAUUCCCUUCUCCCUCACUCCAAGGAAGCAUUGUCACAGCCGGAUCAGAUAGAUGAAGCUAUAAAUUACAUAAAGAGCUUACAGGAAAAGUUGCAGAAAUGCAAAUUGAAGAAGGAAAAUCUAAUGGGAAGAAAAAGAUCAUAUGCCUGCACAAAUAGUACUGCUGCAAAUUCGGCAGCAACUUCAAAACCACCCAAAAUUGAGAUUCAUGAAAUAGGUUCUACUUUAGAGGUGGUUUUGAUAACCAGUGUAGAUAGCCAGUUCUUAUUUUAUGAGGUUAUUCGCAUUCUUGAAGAAGAUGGUGCAGAGGUUGUGAAUGCCAAUUGCACAACAGCCGAAAAUAACAUUUUCCAAGUAAUACGUGCAGAGAUGGGAGAUAGAAUGUUCAGUUUUGGAGCUGCAAAACUAACUGACAGAUUGAACCAGUUUGUACUUGGAUCCACUAGUGAAGUAGAGCUACUAUCUCCAGAAUUAUGGGAUUUUGGUGUCGAUCCAGAUUGUUGGGAUUUCUAGAUCCUCCUGCUAUUUAUUAUAUGUAUUGAGGAUAGAAUUAAAAUGAAUAAAAUGUUGGGAAUUUCACAAUAUUUCUAGUAUGCGAAGAACAUAUGUAAAAAAAAUAAACCUGGUGGUGACCAGUUUUAGCUUGGAACCAGUUGAAAUUCAUCAACAUCUUACAAUAAAAUUAACUGCCGUUCUUUUGCCUUUCCGAAAGGCAAUCGGUGAAUUUGUAAUA